GCUCUUCUCGCUCGCCCUCCAUCCCUGCUCUUGCACUGGUCUGCAUCUCCCAGCAGAAGGCGCAGCCAUGAAUCCGUUAUUCGGCCCCAACCUCUUCCUCCUACAGCAGGAGCAGCAGGGCCUGGCCGGGCCGCUGGGGGACUCACUGGGAGGCGACCACUUCGCCGGGGGAGGAGACUUACCCCCGGCGCCUCUCUCGCCGGCCGGCCCUGCUGCCUACUCGCCCCCCGGGCCGGGCCCGGCCCCGCCUGCCGCCAUGGCCCUCCGCAAUGACCUGGGCUCCAACAUCAACGUGCUCAAGACCCUGAACCUCCGGUUCCGCUGCUUCCUGGCCAAGGUGCAUGAGCUGGAGCGCCGGAACCGGCUGUUGGAGAAGCAGCUGCAGCAAGCGCUGGAGGAGGGUAAGCAGGGCCGGCGGGGCCUGGGUCGUCGCGACCAGGCCGUGCAGACCGGCUUCGUCAGCCCCAUCCGGCCCCUGGGGCUGCCGCUGGGCGCCCGGCCGGCCGCUGUCUGCAGCCCGUCGGCGCGGGUGCUGGGCUCGCCCGCGCGCUCUCCGGCCGGCCCCCUCGCGCCCUCCGCGGCCAGUCUCUCGUCGUCUUCCACCUCCACCUCCACCGCCUACUCCUCGUCUGCCCGCUUCAUGCCCGGCACCAUCUGGUCAUUCUCGCACGCCCGCCGGCUCGGGCCGGGACUGGAGCCCACUCUGGUGCAAGGGCCUGGCUUGUCGUGGGUGCACCCGGAUGGGGUGGGCGUCCAAAUCGACACCAUCACGCCUGAGAUCCGCGCGCUCUACAACGUGCUGGCCAAAGUGAAGCGGGAGCGGGACGAGUACAAGCGGAGGUGGGAAGAGGAGUACACGGUGCGGAUCCAGCUGCAAGACCGUGUAAAUGAGCUCCAGGAGGAAGCCCAGGAGGCUGAUGCCUGCCAGGAGGAGCUGGCACUGAAGGUGGAACAGUUGAAGGCUGAGCUGGUGGUCUUCAAGGGGCUCAUGAGUAAUAACCUGUCGGAGCUGGACACCAAGAUCCAGGAGAAAGCCAUGAAGGUGGAUAUGGACAUCUGCCGCCGCAUCGACAUCACUGCCAAGCUCUGCGAUGUGGCUCAGCAGCGCAACUGCGAGGACAUGAUCCAGAUGUUCCAGAAGAAGCUGUCUCUGCACUUGUCUCCCAUUAAGGUCCCAUCCAUGGGGGGGCGGAAGCGGGAGCGCAAGGCUGCCGUCGAGGAGGACACCUCCCUGUCGGAGAGUGAGGGGCCCCGCCAGCCCGAUGGGGAUGAGGAGGAGAGCACAGCCCUCAGCAUCAACGAGGAGAUGCAGCGCAUGCUCAACCAGCUGAGGGAGUAUGAUUUUGAGGACGACUGUGACAGCCUGACUUGGGAGGAGACUGAGGAGACCCUGCUGCUUUGGGAGGAUUUCUCAGGCUAUGCCAUGGCAGCUGCAGAGGCCCAGGGAGAGCAGCAGGAAGAUAGCCUGGAGAAGGUGAUUAAAGAUACGGAGUCCCUGUUCAAAACCCGGGAGAAGGAGUAUCAGGAGACCAUUGACCAGAUAGAGCUGGAGCUGGCCACGGCCAAGAACGACAUGAACCGGCACCUGCAUGAGUACAUGGAGAUGUGUAGCAUGAAGCGCGGCCUGGACGUGCAGAUGGAGACCUGCCGCCGGCUCAUCACCCAGUCCGGAGACCGAAAGUCUCCUGCUUUCGCUGCGGUCCCGCUUAGCGACCCGCCGCCGCCGCCAAGCGAGGCUGAGGACUCCGAUCGCGAUGUCUCAUCUGAUAGCUCCAUGAGAUAGAGACCUGCCCCUCCCUUGCACCGAGGCCCUCGCAGCUGGGAACUCAGCAAGGCAGCGGGUGGGGCUGCACCGAGGGGAGCAUCAGCUGCAGCAGUGCACCGGGCCUGGCCCCUGGGGACAGGCGCUCCUCCCUCGGGCUUCCUCCCUCGGGCUUGGCUUCUCCAGGGCUCUGCGGUGUCUGGAGCUAGGCUUGGCCCUACCAUUCUGGGGCCGUUUCCACCACAGUUGGGGCUCUCCGGCCUUCACGCGUGGGUGUCUGCUACUUCUCCAUCUUUAAAAUGCUGCCAGAGCGAUUGCGGCGCCUCACCUUGUCCACCUAUCAGGAAUGUGAAUGUGGGAACUUUCCUCCAUGCCUGUUGUCCGGAGCCAGCUCACUGUCUUCCGCACUGGUGCUGACUGGCCCAGGCACUGGCGUGGAAUAGAACGCCACUGGAGGCUACACAUGGCCUCUGCAGCACACGCAGUUGGAGAGGGCUUCUGUCCCUGUCAGCGGCGGAGGGCGUUGGGGCUGGCCGGGGCACCUUGUCCCUGCUUUGGUCCACAUGCUCACGCUGUCCACCUGCUGGGUGGAGUGUAUGUGGCUGUGACCCUCCCUCGUGGAUAUGCCGUGCUUUAAAGAGGCCUUAGUGCCCGGGAUGGGCACAGUAUUUUGAAGGGAGGUGGGAGCUCUUGCUCUCCUGGUCACUGCAGAAUGACAGAGAAGGUGAAGCUCCGGGCGUGUGUGCGCGGGUGUAUGUGCGCUCAGGGUCUGUUUAAGUAUUAGCUAAACAUGUGCCUCCUCCGUGUCUGUCAUACUCUGAGACCAACAGGCUACAGUGUCGCUGAUUCUUGGAAAAGCCUGGAGAAACGGGGGAGAUGCAAUUCACAAUGCCUUGGUAUAGGAGGCUGUGUUGAGCUGACAUUUAAAUGGAUUCUUUAAUAAUAAUGAAACUGGCGAGUAUUUAAUGUGCA